CUCAGAUGUUACUACUUUCGCGCGUGAGAAACAUCGUUUAAGAAGAUCGAAGAAACGAAUAACAAUCUGAAACCGAUGAAAAGAUGGAUCAACCCGACCCGAGAAAUGCGUCUGGCCUGAUUAUCUCCGUCACUGAACCGCUGCGAUCUUUUCUCGCAUCGGCCUGCGAUGAUCGUCGUCUCUCCGACGAACUAAGAGAUAUCGCUUCGGAUCUGCGCUCGAGGAACACCGUCGUUCCCUACAAAUUGCUCCGCGCUAUAUGGACCGGAUCCGAUCCCUCGACCAGACCGGACUUGUUGGCACUUUUCUCCGGCUCCGGUUUCGUCUUCACCAGUCCCAAGCCCAGGGAAAAGAGUGAAGAACUGAAACUGAGACUGCUAAAGCUGAGAGACAUAGCAGAGAGGAAGGAAUACGCUGAGCUUGUUAAAGAUAUAACACCUAGGAAGCAGGUCGAAGAGCCUUUCUCUUCUUACAAAGACCAGCUCGGUUUUGGUUUACACGUUGGUCUUACCAUGUUCACUGGAUAUUUGGUUGGAUACGCUUCCUUCAGAGCUUUAUUCAACCGCAACCCCGCUCUCAGUGCUGCUGGUGGGAUACUUGGGCUAGUUUUGGCCAUGCUUGUGGAAACACUUCUGUUUAUAAUCAAAACAUCUAAAGAUGAUCAGAUUCAGAGCUCUAAAUCACCAUCAUCACCAUCACCAUCACCAUCAUCACCAUCAUCAUCAUUCACUCCCACUUUUAAACCAUCAUCAUCACCAUCAUCAUCAUCAUCAUUCACUCCCACUAUUAAGAAGAAUCAGUAGAACUUUCUGAUUUUUGCCUUCUCGUUGCAGUUCUACUGAGAAAGAUUUGUAGAGGUUUAGCUUCGAAUCCGUAUAGUAACCCAAUUUGGGAAAUUUUAGACACAAACACACGAUUUUAAAGUUGUCAAAAUUACAUUUGAAGUUUUUGUCUUAUUUAAUUUUAUCAUCUUUUUCUAUGUUCAAACAAUUGAAGCAAAACUUUUGUGAAAUUUAAUUGUACUUUCUCAGCUUCACAAA